GAUUCGGCCUGCACUUUGGAACAUUCUUCGUUGUGGCCUGACGUGGUUGUCUGAGGGAAUUUCGUAGUUAUUGCGACCAUGCAGAAGUAAAAAAGCCACGACAGUCCAGAGGUCUGUCGUGAAUCGUCAUCUGAGAGAGGAAAAGCACACUAGACCAUUUUCUACUCCUCGUUUAAAUCAAGUGUUUUCUAGUAAGUACCAUGGACCAACUCUGGUGCAAACGGCCCAGGCGCGCUAUGCAGUAAGUUUUCAGCCAGCCACGAUGAGGUCGCCAAGACGUUAGUCACAAUACGAAAGCUAGAAGUGAUUUGGUCACAAGACACUCAACACAGGCUCCCUCGCAGCCAUAGACUUUAUACUUGCUCUCGCCAUUGUUGGCCAAGUUUGAUCAGCUCUUUCUUUUCCAAAUUGAAAAUCUUGGGCUUCCCUUUUCUUUUUUUUUUUUUUUUUUUUUUUUUGAGUCAGUUCCGUCACUUGCCUUCACCUCUCACCCGAUUCUUUUGCCAAGUCAACUUUCCCUUCUGUUACACAAAAUGCCUGAAGACGGUAGAAGCGGUGGAGAACAGUGGAUUCAGAAAAGAAAGGUCAAUAUUCGCAGCCAGGUUGGAGGCAUGUUUGUUGAUCUGAAGGGCGGAGGUGGAUGCUACCCUCCUGUUAUCUCAUUACCUGGGAGACCAAUCCAAAUCAGCAUUGGAUUAUAUUCUCUACCGAUUUGCCGGGCGAUUCUCGUGUUAUGAUCAAGAGUCCAGUGACCGGCGGCUACCUGUCUGCCAAUGGUAUGUAUCUUGCAAAGGGCCGACCUGAUAGUAGUAACACGGGAUUAAACCUAGGCCAUAAGCGACACGUUGAUUGCGAAACGGGCGACAUUUGGGACGAGAAGUUUCAAUGGUAUAUGGAAGGAGCGGAUAUCAACAACAUGACUGAAGAUCAAGUUGUCAGUUUUCGCUCUUGUAAAUAUCCCCAUCUCUACCUUGACCUUUUUGGGGGUAAAGGAGAGAGUGGACAACCCUUUAUCACGUUCGAGGCAAACUACCAUGAUAACCAGAAAUUUCGGCUCUGGUUCCGAUAAAGAUAUUAUUUGCAUAGUAUGUCAAAGGGGCUGACUUGCGUCCUGAGUAGCUGUAAUGCAAAUACCAGGCAUGAUCCCGGGGUUGUCCUCUAAUAGUACAAUAAAUAUGUAGUCUGCCCUAUGAACUAAAUUUUUAUGCCUCGCUACCUCGUUUUCUCUCCCGUCAGUGUCUCGAAUCCCUCUAUCACAGCUGCCCUGUCCUUCUGGCGUUCCGCCUCAUCACUAUUCUCAACAACAUCCCUCCCCUCAACCUUCCUCGCCUCCAUGAUACUCCUCCCCGUCUUCCUCUUCACCAGCGCCCUCGCACUCAUAUACGCCCCCUGGCUCGGCAACGCAAACAACCCAAUAGCCCCAGAACCAACCUUUGUCCCCAAAUUCAACAGUCCAAUACCAACACCCUUCGCCGCACCCGCAGCGCCCUCUUUCUUCGCCCCCCGCAUAGGCUCUAACACUAUACCGCCUAUUCCCUCAACCAUACCAUGUGCAAAGUUCUUUCCAGCUGCUAUACCGCCUGAUUUCCAAUCUGUCACGGCGCCGGGGUCGUAGGCUUUGCCGCCGUAGAGUUUGGGGGCGUUGCGCAUUCCUUCUGUUACGGCGUAGGGGAGGUCGAGAAGCAUGCCUUUGGAGUAGUGCUUGAAGAAACCGCCUACGCCUGAAGCUGAGCCCUUGACGGCUGCGAGGGCACCGUGUUGGGGAUCUUUAUCUUUGGUUGCUGUUGGUGCUGGGGGGAGGUCCAGGCCUGCUGGUCUGCCGAAGACAUCAUCCUCCGAGGGGCGUUUUGAUUGUUCACCUGAUCGAUCUUGACUUGCUGAUCUACUGCCGCUUGGGGUCACUGGUCGUAGAGCUUGGAUGGGCUUGACGACGAUGUCAGAGGCUGAUGUUACCAUGCCAACUCCCGUCGUGGCGAGCGUCGCAAGUGUCGCAGUCAACGGAUCCCAGCGUCGGUUCUCAAUAUGAACUGGUUGUGAUUGGUAACUGCAAAACGGUCAGCAAAUUCUUCCCAUGUUUGUCGCAGUGCAACAUACGCCUUGAGGUUAUUCCACGACACCUUCUCACUCUCGACUAAUAUCUCAGCAGCUACCUUGGACAGUUUUAUCUUCUUGCCCUUCCUGUCGUAAAGCCAUGUUGCAGAACGAUUGGGUAAGAGGUCACAUCGCAUUUUGUUGAGAGGUAGGUUCGCAUGGAAGGAUGCCACGGCUCGCCUUACACCAGCUUCGGAUGACAUCUUAUCGGCGAUUUGUCGUGCAGCUGUUGAAGCUUCAGGUGUUAAGCAGAACAGAAUAGCUUCAGCGAGGUUGCUGCUAUUCAAAGCUUUGAAGGGAAUGGGAGCUGGACCUGCACCACCAGCGUGGACCAUAUUUCCCCAAAACGGUUGACUAUCCACCAUGUCAGCACAAGCAGCGAAGCUGUAAAGACGACGACUUACUCUCCGAAGAAGGGAACAAUGGUAGUUGGCUUCGCGUUAAGAAGUCCGCAAGCCGUGGUGCCGGCUCCUCCGUGAUGAAUCACUGCAGUAACAUGCUGGAAUAGCCACUCGUGCGGACAGUCUCCCAGAAAGAAGACUUGAUCGCCACCAGCUGAAUCACCUCCAAGUUUACUCCAUCCUCGAGAAACAAUCGCUCGCGUCCCUGUAGCACGAACAGCAUCUAGAAUUGUCGCUGUCAACUUUUCGGGGUCGUCGAUUACAAUACUGCCAAAGCCGAUGUAUAUCGGUGGCGUACCACUGGCCAAGAACUGCUGCAAAGCUGGUUCGGGUUGAUAUUUUGGGGUGUCGCGGAAGAAGAAACCGCAGACAUCUGUCCCACCAAUUGUCAGCGAACGGUAAGUAACGGCAUGGAUCGAGGCAUACCAAUAUUCUCAGGCCAGUCGGCUGGCUUGGGGACCAAAGCAGGAGACCAGCAGUAUGUGACUGGAACGCCCAAAGUCUCCGUCAAACAAGGUCCUUCACUGAAAGGAAUUGGUUCCAGAUCAAUUGUGUCUCUCCACGCAUUAAUGAUAUCGCCGAGUCUGUUUGCGAUCAGCACACCGCCGUCCACCUUUAGGCAAUCCAUCCUCACUUACCCUUGCCAAGUCAUCCACUCAACCAAUGAAUACGACACAUAAUUCGCAGCUGUCGCCGACAUAUCACUCCCAUUGGCUUUGAGAUUCGCAAGUGGAUGACAGAAUUCUCUCGUGCUCGUCCACGGCAUCGUGAACAUCAGAUGUAACGGGAUACCAAGUGCUUGUGCACAAUGAAUAUGCGCAAAGCUAGGAGGAUUCGCGAUGAUUGCAUCUGCGACGAAGGGUCGUCCUGUAAGUUCAUCAGGCCCAAUACAAGAGCUCCAGCACUUAUGCAACAUUUCAUCCACCAUUUUGCGUUUUCGCUGGAUUUCGCCUCCACGUAGCGUCUUCAUGCUAGGGAAGAGCCCAGGGUUUUUGACCAUGUAGGCCAUCAGCCUUUACAAAGCCGUUAGCUCAACUGAUAUCGACAAUUAAGUCUGGAGGCACUUACUCAGCGGGAUCACCGCCGAUGGAAAAGAACUCAAGACCAGAAUCUCUCACAAAUUUAUCGAAUUGACCGUGUGACGCGAGUCGCACUCGGUGGCCAUGGCGCUGUAAUUCUGUACCCAGCGCGACGAAUGGCUGAACAUCGCCUCGACUGCCAACAACUUGAAUGACGAUGUUGAGACGGAUGCUCUUUUCGCUUGUCUCGGUGUAUGCAGGCGGUUGAUCCUGUCCAUAGGAAACAGGAGGUUUUCCUGAGGGAACUAGUUUCGACAGGCGCCGAGCUAUUCUUGAACUAAGAUCGAUGUCAAUUCGUCCAUCUUCACGGCUGGUUGUCGUGGCUUCUAAUUCUGCCAGCGCUUCGUAGGGCGGAAGUUCGUCUGGUAGUGGGGCGCUGUGCUCGCCAUUUGCUGGGAGCUCGAAAUAUCUCGUCUGUCGGUUGGACUGGUUGUCAUCUGGAGCCGGGGACAUGAUUGCUCAAAUGAAUUAAGGAUGAAGAUUGGAAGUAAUUAAGAAUAUUCUCAGCUGCCUGGCAGCGAGACGCCAUGUUAUAAGAAACCCGACCGCGAAACGACGCUAUCACCAAAUACGCGUAUUACGGGAAACACUCGUACACAAAAACCCGACUCAUGGAUGGCUCCAGCGCGGCUCAGAGCAAUCAACAACAAUGUUUCUCGGAUAAAAUGACAACUUUGGGAAAAGCUAAUAUACGAGAAAUGUUCAAAUAAAAUAUCCGUACUCAAUCGGAAGUGAAUCCCGUCGACCAGUGUCGAGUUGCGUGAGCCCAAGCUGCCAAAGUCUUAUGAGGCAGUGAGAACGGCGGGAUUGAAAUAUGGAGAUAAUGAAUACGCGUAAAGAAUGUCGUGCCCUUGACUCGGUUCCCGCCUCACGCUAGCCUUUAUCAGUCAUAGCCUCUUUUGUAGGGCUUGCGACACGGCUCACGUCUUACACCAUUUUUCAGCUUAGUUUAGGGUAGUCCAGACUACACUUGCAUCUCUGGACCAAGUCUAAGGUAGACCAAAUAUCACGAGGCUAUCAUCAAGGGUGGUUGACUUCAUCGAAUGCCAGCGACACAAAGUAGAUGUACGUCUUGGAGGUUUGACGUGAGAAAGAUGUCAGGUUACAGCCGUAUCUGUGAUCAAGGCACAUGAUAAAACAGCGGGGUUUGCUGGGAUCAUAUUUCAGAGCUUCGUUUCUCAUUCAUUGUUUAUCGUGUAUCUCAAAUUCUCAUUCAUCUUAAAAUGUUCUUUUUCCCGACACCCAUGUUACAGGCCAAACAUGGUCAAGAACGGAUUUCGAGCCAUCCACACGGACCAGGCUCCUUACUUCUCACCAUGUCCACGCCGAACACCAUUGCUCUUGAAGUACUUACGAUCCUUCCAAGCAAUAACGGCCGCCCAAAAGUUAACCAACCUUCGGAGUGUCAGCCAGUUCCUUGAUAAGGAUGAGAUAAAUUAACUUACGUAACAACCAGCGCCACCAGUCCAACCAAGAUGCCAAUCGCACAGUUGGCACCGAUGCAGAUUCGAGUAGCCAUGUUGAACGCCAAGCCCAUCACGACUGCCCAGAAGACGAUGUCCAUGGUGUUCAGAAUCGCGUUUGCCUUGAGGCUUCCGAACCUUUUGAACUUGUCGACCUUUUGUGUGAGGUAUUCGUAGGCUAGGAACGCGUACGUUUUGAGACUCUGCGAAAAUGUAAGUACUCUUCAAAAUUGUAGGAUAAUGAGAUGAUAGCCUACCAUUGUUAUGGCCAUGAUGUCUGAUCUGGUCAUCGGGAUACCUGAUGGUUUCGUCGCAACCUUGGCGAUACCGAGGAUGAAGGCGAUGGUGGUGGUUACGACUUGGAGAAUGAAGACUUUGUUCUUCCAGCUGUGGUCAAAGAAGCGGCUGUCGAAGAAGUCUCUGAUGCCCAUGUUUUCAGUUGUUUGAUUUAGAAGUAGAGAUUGAAUGGUAGAGUGCACGUGGCGAAAGGCGGGAGCAAGAUGUCGAAAAAAAAAAGAUUAAAACGACAAGAUUGAAAAGAAAUGUGUCAGUGAAAUCUGGGAUAUGAACAGAGGCGUUUGGUUAAGAUCUUUCUGGAUCUGAUGUUGAUAUAUAUAGGUUGAUUGUUGUUUUGAUAUGGGUCAAGCUCUAUACGCGUAUACGAUCUUGGCGUUUCGGGGUGAGCCGUACGCGGAGAAUUGCAGAUCAGAUCGCAGAUAAGCUCAGCCACCAGGCUUACAUGGAGU